AUGAGAGUUUUAUCAUGUGCACACCUGAAAGCUCAUGAGAGAAUACACACAGGGGAGAAACCUUACCACUGCUCCCAGUGUGAAAGUUUUAAAACACACCUGAAAGCUCACGAGAGAAUACACACCGGGGAGAAACCUUACCACUGCUCCCAGUGCAGGAAGAGUUUCAACCGGAGAUCACACCUGAAAGUACAUGAGAGAAUACACACAGGAGAGAAGCCUUACCACUGCUCCCAGUGUGGAAAGAGUUUCAACCAUCCAGGGACGCUGAAACAGCAUGAGAGAAUACACACAGGAGAGAAGCCUUACCACUGCUCCCAAUGUGGAAAGAGAUUUAAGAAUUUAUGGAUCCUGAAACUACAUGAGAGAAUACACACAGGAGAGAAGCCUUAUCACUGCUCCCUGUGUGGAAAGAGUUUUAACAAUUUAGGGAACCUGAAACAACAUGAGAGAAUACACACAGGGGAGAAGCCUUAUCACUGCUCCCUUUGUGGAAAGAGUUUUAAGAAUUUAGGGAACCUGAAACUACAUGAGAGAAUACACACAGGAGAGAAGCCUUAUCACUGCUCCCAGUGUGGAAAGAGUUUCAACCAUUUAGGGAACCUGAAACUACAUGAGAGAAUACACACAGGAGAGAAGCCUUACCACUGCUCCCAGUGUGGAAAGAGUUUCAGCCGGAAAGCAAGCCUGAACCAACACGAGAGAAUACACACAGGAGAGAAGCCUUACCACUGCUCCCAGUGUGGAAAGAGUUUCAGCCGGAAAGCAAGCCUGAACCAACACGAGAGAAUACACACAGGAGAGAAGCCUUACCACUGCUCCCAAUGUGGAAAGUGUUUCGUCUGUUCAGGGGAGCUGAAACUACAUGAGAGGAGAAUACACACAGGAGAGAAGCCUUACCACUGCUCCCAAUGUGGAAAGUGUUUCGCCUGUUUAGGGGAGCUGAAACUACAUGAGAGAAUACACACCGGAGAGAAGCCUUACCGCUGCUCCCAGUGUGGAAAGAGUUUCAUCCGUUCAGGGACGCUGAAACAACAUGAGAGAAUACACACAGGAGAGAAGCCUUACCACUGCUCCCAGUGUGGAAAGAGUUUUAAGAAUUUAGGGAACCUGAAACUACAUGAGAGAAUACACACAGGAGAGAAGCCUUGUCACUGCUCCCUUUGUGGAAAGAGUUUUAACAAUUUAGGGAACCUGAAACGACAUGAGAGAAUACACACAGGGGAGAAGCCUUUCCACUCCUCCCAGGGUGCAAAGCUUUUGCCCAUUCAGGAAGCCUGUAAGAACACAUGAGACUGCACACAGCGGAGAAUGCUUACAAAAGGUCAGACUGUGGGAAAACAUUUUACUCAUAACAGUCACUUAAACGUCUUUAGAGAAUCCACACAGGAGAGAGAAAUUAUUUCUCCUCUUAGUGUGUAUAUUGAUAUUUCACAUCACAUUGACUUAAAAUUCAUCAGAGAACAUACACAGUGCUCCUGUUGUCUUAUAUUGUUGACUAAGAAUGUGUUUACUUGUUUUUAUGAGAUGAAAGUGAAUUGUACAAAGUAUACUCAAACAUAUAUUUGUUUGUUUCUAUUAGAAAACAUGAAUUGAAUAUGGAGUAUGUCAGCUUGAAUAUAGAGUAGAUCAGAUUCCAUGUGUUUAAAUGGUCAUUUAUUUAAACUCUUUUUGUGUGUUUAUCUGGGUGUGUCAUUCCUCCAGCACUACAGAUAAUCAAGUGAUAUUUGGAUGUGAUGCAUUUGUUCCAUUGUUGACAUUUGCAUUGUUGGCCCACUGAUGAUUUAAUGAAAUGAAAAUGUUCAGACUCUGUAAUGGAAAACGUUAAUUGUUUGUGUGUCCACAUAACUGAGUAUGUGACUAACCUUGUGAAACUGUCCUAUUAUAAGCUCCUGUUCUUGGGACUAUCAUCCUGUGUUGCAAACCAAUUUGCACCUGUGUCCUUGUAUGAAUAAAGUCCCACCCAGGAACAGGAAACUAUAAAGAUAUGUGCUCAUCACCCAAUGCUUCAGGAAUUCAGACUGUCUACACUGCGCUGUGUAACUCUGUUAGUCUCUCUGAGCUCAGAAAUAAAGAGUCUUGGUUUGACUUGGACUCCAGCAGAUCCUUAUUUUAUAAUAUCCACCACAACUCUCCCACGGAUUGCUAUUUAUCAUUGUCUCAAUGAAGAGUUCUUUGUUUUACUUUCCUUGGGGCA